AUGUCGCAAGGUGGUGCUUAUCCGCAUAUGGCUUCAAUCACACCACUUUUUCCUGUGAACAUUCAGGUCGGCUGGGCAUUGGCAGCACAUGAUAAUGUGUUUAUUGCUAAAAUUAAGUCAAUGACCGAUGCUGUCCUGAAAGCAGCGCUUGAUGAUGGUCAAGAUGUCGGCGGACCAAAACAAAUUCUUUAUCCAAAUUAUGCUCUUCCAGAUACACCUCUCGAACAACUUUAUGGCUGUAAUGUAUCAAGACUUCAAAGUAUUCGUCAAGCAUGGGAUCCGAACAAUGUCAUGAACCUCACUGAACGUUUUAAAUUAUAA